AUGGGUUCCAUGCCAAUCGCCAUGCGCUCCUGGAUCUCAGUCGAGUCCUGGGGCCCUGACCGCCUCGACCUCGUCGGCAUCGGGGGAGAUAACCAAAUGUACCGCAAGUCAUUCGACCGGAGCGACCAAGGAUGGAAGCCCUCUGCGGGUGGCGCAUGGGAACCCCUCGACGGCAAAUUCCAGCAGAUCCCUGGCGCCGUCUCCUGGAGCCACGGCCGCCUCGACAUCUUCGGCAUCGGUCUGGACAAGCACAUGUACCGCAAGACGUGGGGCAACCACCGCAAGAGUGGUGGAACCUGGAUCAAUAGCCAGUGGCAGCGCACCGGCGGUGAGCUCAAGAGCCAGCCUGUGCCUGUGUCGUGGGGCAAUGGCCGCAUCGACAUCUUUGCCAUUGGCCUGGACGACCAGAUGUACCGCAAGGUCUAUGGAGGCAAGUGGGAUUCCGAAGAGUGGGAGCCGCUCAACGGCAAGUUCAAGAGCCCCCCGGCAGCCGUCUCGUGGGGCUCCAACCGACUCGAUGUGUUUGCCAUCGGCAUGGACAACCAGAUGUACCACCGGGCGUUUGAGAACAACGCGUGGACUACACCUAACUGGAACCCAACCAACGGUACUUUCAAGAGCCCUCCGGCCGUUGUCUCGUGGGGUCAUGGUAGGCUCGAUGCUUUUGCCAUUGGCAUGGAUGACCAGAUGUACUACAAGUCGUUUGACAAGGGUGUUUGGUUGACCAACAGCUGGCAAGGACUGGGUGGAAAGUUCAAGAGCACCCCCUCGGCUGUCUCGUGGGGCGCGGGACGCAUCGAUGUUUUUGGCAUUGGCAUGGACGACCAGAUGUAUCACAAGGCAUUCGACAACAGCCAAUGGGUGGGUGACUGGAAGGGCAUGACUGGAAAGUUCAAGAGUGCUCCGGCUGCCGUCUGCUGGGGCAAGGGACGCAUCGAUGUUUUCGGUAUCGGACUCGACGAUGCAGUGUGGCAGCAGUACUACACUGACGGCAAAUGGUCCGGCAAGUUUGGCAGCUUGGGCGGAAAGUUCAAGACUUUCUAG